AGGCUUUAAAAAGUGGCGGGGGGAGGUCUCAGGAGUAGCACCCACAGAUGGCGUCCGGGGGCUGGCAGUGACGUCAUCUGUGUGGCUGAGGAAGGAGGAGGAACACCCAAUACUCCUCUUAUUACUGUCUCCUUCUCACCUUGUCCGUCCCACCCAGACAUUUCCUGAUGCAACACUAAACCUAGAAGAGAGGCUAGUGCCAUUUCACACCCUACACUGACUUUGAGUGCCAAUCUGUGUGCCAAAGAGGUGUUGGGCACUGGCAUUAGUGGUGUUGACGGCAGGGAUGACGCGCAAACAAUGACUUGUCGACGGGAGGCCUAAGAAUCAAAAUCGAAGGACGAACGGCAGUUUGAACAAGUCAGGGAGAAAAGGCGGGGCAGGAGAGGCCUUGAACCGCUCAGAGGGGAUUUAUUGUUUUGGAUGACUGCAUAAACCGCCAAAUUGAGUACAUUCGGCCACCCCUUCCCACCCUUCAGCAUGUCUGAUGACGAGGAUAAGCCUCCUGCCCCACCUGUCAGGCUCACCUCCACCAGGGCAGAGACUGUUAUGGCGGUGGACAUGCGGCCUCUCCCCAAGGAACCUGAGUCUGAGAAGAAGAAGCACAAAGGUCACAAGGCGGGAAAAAGGCACAAGGAGGCGGACAAACCCAACAUCUCGUAUCCAACCAACUUCGAACACACGAUCCACGUCGGUUUUGAUGCCUGCACCGGAGAGUUCACGCCUACAGGGGACCAUAGCAGUUGCCAGGGCAUGCCAGACUCCUGGACCAAACUGCUCUCUAUCUCUAACAUCAGCAAACAGGAGCAGAAGAACAACCCUCAGGCUGUCCUUGAUGUUCUCAACUACUACGACGCCUCCACCAAAGAGCACCAAACCUCAAAGUUCAUGACUGUGGCCAAGACUGUCGAUCCCUCCCCUCGGCCCAGCUACCAGACGGGUAUCCACAACACCACCACAGCUUAUCCAGCCACGCCGUCACCCCACAAGAUCUCGGAUGCCUCGUCAGGCUCCCCAUCCACUCCAGAAACAUGCUCAGAAGUCAGUUCUGUCCUCCAAUCUACACCAAAGGUCCCAGAAGAGGAAGAAGAGGAGCCGCCUCCUCCACCAAUAGCCACCCGGCCCGAGAGAACCAAAUCCAUAUACACCAAGCCAGUGGAGGAUGAAGCCAAUGCAAACGGAGCGGCCUUUGAUAGCAACCGCAACCCCCAGCAGGCCACCAGCAUCACCCCAGCACCCCCCACAACCCCAGCACCCACGCCUCCCACCACAAACACAAGUACAAGCACAGCAAUAGAAAGGACAGCAGAGAAGCAGAAGAAGAAGAAAAUGAGUGACGAGGAAAUCCUAGAACGACUAAGAAGCAUAGUGUCAGUAGGGGACCCCAAUAGGAAAUAUACCAAAAUGGAAAAAAUUGGACAAGGAGCCUCAGGGACGGUGUACACUGCCAUUGAGACGGCCACGGGCAUGGAGGUCGCCAUUAAGCAAAUGAACCUCUCGCAGCAGCCAAAGAAGGAGCUUAUUAUUAACGAGAUUCUGGUCAUGAAGGAAAACAAACACCCCAACGUAGUCAAUUACCUGGACUCUUACCUAGUUAAUGAGGACCUCUGGGUGGUGAUGGAGUACCUCCCGGGCGGCUCUCUCACGGACGUGGUGACGGAGACCUGUAUGGAUGAGGGGCAGAUAGCAGCUGUGUGCAGGGAGGUGUUGCAAGCACUGGAGUUCCUGCAUGUGAGUCAAGUAAUUCACCGUGACAUCAAGUCUGACAAUAUUCUCCUUGGCAUGGAUGGCAGUGUCAAACUCACUGACUUUGGCUUCUGCGCGCAAAUCUCCCCGGAGCAGAACAAGCGCACGACUAUGGUGGGGACACCCUACUGGAUGGCUCCGGAGGUGGUGACGAGGAAGCAGUACGGGCCCAAGGUGGACGUGUGGUCCCUCGGCAUCAUGGCCAUUGAGAUGAUUGAAGGGGAGCCACCAUACCUCAACGAGAACCCUCUCAGAGCACUGUACCUGAUAGCAACCAAUGGCAAACCUGAGAUUAAGGAGAGGGAGAAGCUGUCCCACGUGUUCCAGGACUUCCUUGACCACUGCCUCGACGUGGAGGUGGAAACCCGCUCCACUGCACAUGAGCUCCUUAAGCAUCCCUUCCUCAAGUUGGCUCGGCCUCUCUCGAGUCUCCACCCGCUCAUCAUAGCAGCUAAGGAGGCAGCUAAGAAUCACUAGGGCCCGUGAGGCUCACCUUUAGACUAUUACCUCCGAGACUCUGUGUGGCGGCUUGUCAUGAUCUGAGGGCGAGCAAGGCAGAGCAGAGUACGGUAGGGCAGGGCAGAGCAUGGCAGGCAGGUGAGGAGUGGACCCUGGAUCAGUGAGUGUGACAAGUAACUGAUGAUUCAUUGCUAGAGAUUUCAGUUGCCUUCACUAAGACUAUCUGCCAGUGAAUUAAUAUGCUGGUGUUUCAGAGAUUUCAUAUGCAAAUUCAUAUACAGAGCAGCGCUUUCAGAGAUGGACAUGAGAGAAAAGAACCGGUGUGUGUGUAUCUCGUGGUUUCACUUGUUUAAAAUAUCAGGGUGAAUAGAUUUUUGUCUGGAUCACUGAAUCAUUAGCUUUAGAAAUAAUUUAUUCAGCUUUCUCAGGAUUAUAUUAAAUUUUAAUUAGUGUGAAUUUUUAACACUAUGCUUAAAUAUAAUUGCAAACCGUUCCCUUGAUAUUACUGUCAAGGCCAUUUAGUUAAGGACAGUUUGAUCAUGGGUUAACUUUUAUUUGAAUUUUAUAUACAUAUAUAUAUAUAUUUUUUGGCAUGAUGCUUUCUCACUUGUUGAUAGUAAACUUUGAUUCAUAAGCCAAAGCAGCUUUGUCUUGUAAGAUGUGCAGAGUACACCUGUCUUGAGAUUAAGGCAAGUUCAUAGGGUAAGAGAUGCAGCUUGAACAGUGCAGUCGACAUAUCAGCGAUGGAUGACGGGUGGUCGUCUGGCCGGCCGGCUUAGCGCCCUUGCAUACUGACUUCAGGAAUCAGCACUUGCAGUAUAGAUCUGAUGAGCUUCUCAGCCACAAUGAUGAGUGUUGUAGGAAUCUCAAUUAUCUGAAAAUGUACUCUUUCAUGUGUUCACUCAACUUGCUAUCCCUCACAAGUACAUGAAUUAAUUUAUAACAACAUGGUAGACUCAAAAUGGAGACUGUAAAUUGUACCAAACCAACAGACUUGAUUUGUGUCUGUUUUGUAGGACCCAGGAUGAGUUUAGUAGGUGGACUGAAGCCAGUCAGCAAUCCUCUCGUCAGCACACGGCCGGGGCAGUGAGUGGACGGUGCGCCAAAGUUCAGAUAAACCAGUUCAGUCACCCAAAGCUUUCAGUGGAUAUUUAAAAUUCAAGAAAAUUGUGAUAAACUUGCUCCAUUCUGCCAUGACACUGAAGGGUGCCAGUGGCCUGUGUGCCUCUGAGUAGCUCUAGAAAGCCCUGUGAUCCCCCAUCCCCUGCACAUAAAGAGUCAGUAAGUAGAUUUGUGCCACACCCCAAUGCCAUAAAAAGUAUGAGUGGAGCAUAUUUACUCAUCAGCAAUAUUUACCCACCAUACCCAAAAUGCUAAUGAGUUCCAUGAGAAAACCCCUGUUUAUCAUAAAUGGACCAAUCAGUGUUUUCAUCUUCACCACUAGGCAUCCCUCAGGAGUAAGACUGACAUAACUCAUUCUCUUAAGCUCACAAGGCGACUGUAAAUUUCCUUCUUGUUCCAGUAAACCUCUUAAGCAGUCAUAAGUGUGUACCAGGUGUCCCCUUGUAAAUAAAAAUAAAUAUUUAUUUGAUGUAUAUGUGUAGCUGGUAAGAGUAUGUACUAUUAGUGCCUAUGAGAAAAGUGGAGGAGAUUGACUUGAGUGCAGCUGCUGAACACAUCCCUAUCUUCAUCUGGCUGUAUCAGUCAGGGAGUAAUUGUGUAUCAAACAUGUCACAAUUAUGCAUUUUGUUAGGGUCUGUAGUCACAAGUUUGAUGGUAGAAGUAGAAAUUUAACCUGUGCCUCAUUUUGACAUUUCAUAGUGACUUUGACAGUGAAAUGGAGCAGAUGUGAGUGGCUGGAGCACCACCUGGAAGUGGACAGCAGUGGUGGUGGUGGUGGUGGUGGUGCUGGAACUUUUCUCAUGCUCUCAUGGCAGCAACACUGGCUUGGUGGAGUGCUUUCUUAACUGUAAUUAGAACUGCAGUGUGUGUGGUGCUGAAGCAGGACAUAAUUAAAGCAAGGAGGACGCUGCCAUGUGGUGUAGGUAGUGCAUAAUGUUUACAGCUUCUGGAUGGCUGCUCUGCAACAGAUACUGAAGAAGGAAACAAGAGGUUCAUAGCACUGCCUGUAUUCUAGAUUUGAUAGAAACAUCUCAGAUGAAGAGUAGUACUAUAAUAUCAUUCAUAAGUAUUAUUCAUAAUAAUCCAGUAUAAUUUACAGUCAUGAAACUUCAUAUAGACAUCUUUGAAGAUUUAGCUGAAUGAGUUAAUGGAAAUGUCUGUUGAAGGUACUUCAUGCAUAUGUGCUGUGAGGUAGUGUGCAGUUUAAAGUGAAUUUGUCCACUGAUGUGCAAUUUGUGAAAGAGUUUCCCCAGAAGGGAGAUGUCUGAUUAUCAGCUAUGGAGCUUCACGAACUAAUCUCUGUGUCACGCAUGCCGAGUGGCGGGAGCAUCAGCAUCAACAAUCGUGCCAUAACCUUGUGAGCCGUGGCUUUUGGCAGCUCGUGGUGACUUGGCUGCAACAAUGCUCAGCACCGCAGUCGUGUUCCCAGUUUGUCUUUGUGUCAAGAGUAACGCUUGGCCAUUCACUGUUGCUGUGGCUUGUGUUGUGUUGAUAAAUGCAGUUUGGAAUAAUGAAGUAAAAGUGCUUUGCUGUCUUUCAACAAGGGGUGAGCAAGAUAAGUCAUUUUCCAGUGUUCAAAUAAUACCAAAUAAUUCAGGGGACCAGGAAAGUAUAGAUUUCAAGGAACUGGGUGUCUUGUGCUGAUACUAUGCUGGUUGGUGUGUGUGUGUGUGAAAGUAUUCCUUUCCACAUCAGUUCAAGGAGUACGGAAACUAAACACCCUCUCUUUAGUUUGCUUGCAUUUUUAUUAGAGGAUAUGAAUUUUGAGAGGGAAGAAUGGGGUAAUAAUUGAAUUAUGGUUUGUUUGUUAUACCAAGCUUUAUUGCAAAGUUUAUGCACUUUUAACUCUAGUUCAUUUUCUUUAAAGCAAAUUUUCUAAAUGUAGAAAAAAAAAAUUGUAUGGUCAGACUUGUGACUUAGUUGAGGCAGCCCUUUAGAAUGAUUAACCUUUACGGUCUUUGUGUUCCUAUAAAAAUAUUUACAGAACUGUUAAAUGCAGGCAACUAUACUAUAAUGAUCUAUCCACACAUCCUGUUUUCAAGAUGCAGUUGAGUCAUUGUAUGUUUGGUUUGUGGAUGAAUUCCUAAUCAUGGGGGGGGUCCAUGAAUACAAAAAAGUGUAAUAAAGGAAAAUUUAUUCAAGAAGACCUGAUUCUUGUUUACCAAUAUCAGCCCCUUGCUCAGCUUGUCCAAGCACUUGACUGUUGUGUUCAAAAUGAGGCACUAAUGCAAUCAGUUUUUCAAGUUCAGUUUUGGAUUGUUGUACUGUGUACUUACAGUAACACCUGCUGGACUUUAUAGAUAUUCAGAAACUUUUUCAGACAGUUUGUUCUGUAUUGUUUACUUAGAUGCACACAUUCAAUGUACCCUAAGGUAAAGAACCACAGUGUGGGUAUUAAGGAAGGAAGGGAACAGGUGUCACCAGAAUGUUCCAUUGUAUGGAAAGUAUCAUUGGUUUCCUAGAAGCCCAAGUUUCUCUUCUCCAUGUUCUAAUUCAAACAUGACAAACAAAUUAUUAAUUUGAAGAUAUUAAGUAACACAACUAACAAUUUUUAUUAUUAUUAUUGCUAUGCAUUUUAUAAGUGAAAUAUUUAUAUUUUUGAGCAUGUUAAGACCUUAAGUAACAACUGCAGCAGAACUCAACAUCCCAUUCCUCUCUCCCUUUGUUGGGGAGGAAAUCUAAGGGUUGGGAGGCAGGUGUGAGGGAGACCUUCAAGAAUAUGUCAUUCUGUGUCAUACUACAUCAUAAGGGAUGGUGAGAGUGAUAGGUACUCACAUCAUGCCUGCAGUUCUCUGUUUAAGUAUAGUCAGUUUAUAAAAGUUAAACAUUUUAUAAGGACCAAGUCAUAUAAUGGAUAGUGCUGUGAAAGUAUUUAUUGAGGACUGCAUGAAUUCUUUUAUUUUUCUUAAUGCUAUUAAAGUUGGAAGAGUUUCUUAAGUUUCCAGCUUUGUGAAAGAUAAUUAGCACACACACACACACACACACACACACCAGCGAUUAGCGGGCCUUUUUUUGUUUUUUUUUUUUUUUUUUUUUGAGCUGUUUCCUUAGUUGUAAAACACACACACACACACACACACACACACACACACAUGUACAAACACACCAAGCACAGGCACAGUUUUUUAUAUCUACAUGAAGUCCUCUCCUGAGUGGUGAGGAGACUUGUUAUCACAUAGUUCCACUGAAGAGAAAGAAAUAUUGUAACCUGGAAAAGACAAGAGUUCUGAGCACUGGCGUUGUGAUGACAACGUGAACAGACAGAAGAGUUGUGCAUCAUCAGAUUUGAUAAAAGCAGAACAGUGAACAUUACUUGCAACAGCCAUGAACUGUAUAUUUAAUAUUUGAAUGACUGAGUACUAGAAUAUGCAGGCUUCUGUAUACGCCAUUAUAUCAUAGCAUUGGUACUCUCUUCCUAUCUCAAGUAAUCUUCUGUAAGUGAAAUAGAAAUUGCAUUUCAAAACACACCUGAGCAACACACCUGCAUUGUUAGGUACAGGAAUCAGUCAGGCAGAAACUGUGGAAACCUGAGAGGCCGUAACACGACCGGUUGACUCGAAGGUGUUUCUCUAUGCAAUGUUUUGUAACGGCAGCGACGAUGAACAAGAUUAUAGUGAGAUUAUGUGAAUAAAAAAUAUGUGCA